AUGCUUCCUGUCGCUUGUCUUAUCGCUGCUUUCUCAUUGCUCUAUCCAGGGAUCCACGCCUCCACCGCCAACAUCACCGCCGGUUCCACGGUUCCUGCCCUCGGUAAGUCCAUCAACGUCGACUUCUCCUCCAACUCUUCAUACUUCUCCACUUACGGCAGUGCUGGUAAGGUCGAAUACGGUACAGAAAAUGGUCUUGAGCUCACCAUCGCCAAAAAAUUGGACAAUCCUUCUAUCGUGUCCGAUUUCACCAUCAUGUUCGGCCGUGUCGAGGUGAUCUGCCAGGCCGCUCCAGGAACCGGGAUCGUCACCACUUUGUACUUGCAAAGUGAAGAUCUUGAUGAAAUCGACAUCGAAUGGUUAGGUGGCGAUACCAACCAGGUGCAAUCGAACUACUUCUCUAAAGGUGACACCACCACUUACGACCGUGGUGGAUACCAUACCGUCAGCAACCCUCAAACCACUUUCCACAAUUACACCCUCGAUUGGACUGAAGACCAGCUCCAAUGGUACAUCGAUGGUACUUUGGUCAGAACUUUGUUGAGCACUUCAUCUGAAGGUUACCCACAAACCCCUAGUAAACUUUAUAUUGGUACUUGGGUUGGUGGUGAUUCAAGUGUUGACGCUGCUGGUACUGUUGAAUGGGCCGGUGGUGAAACUGAUUACUCCACUGCUCCAUGGAGUGCUUAUUUCAAAGAAUUGGUGGUUACCGACUACUCUACCGGUUCUAGUUAUGAAUAUACCGAUACUAGCGGUGACUGGACCAGUAUCAAAUCUAAUGGUGGUACUAUCUUGGGUAACAUUGAUGCUGACGAUGCUGCUGCUUCAUCCGAUGCUUCCAGUGUUGUCUCUUCCUCUUCUGCUACCUCUUCAUCUGCUGCUGUCUCUUCCUCUUCUGCUACCUCUUCAUCUGCUGCUGUCUCUUCUUAUUCUGCCUAUGCCUCUGCUUCUUCAUCGGCUGUCACUUCCUCUUACGAAGCAUACUCAUCUUCUGCUGUUUAUUCUUACUCUGCCUAUGCCUCUGCUUCUACCUCAGCUGUCGCUUCCUCUUACGAAGCAUACUCAUCUUCGGCUGCCUAUGGUACAAUCGCUUCAUCUUCUGCUGUUUAUUCCGCUGCUUCUGCUGAAGUCUACUCCUCUGCCUCUGCCUCUGCCGUCUAUGGUACCACUUCUUUGGAUGCCGAAUCCUUCACCACCGAGGCCGCUGAAACUAGCGCCGUGGUUUCCUCAUAUCACAGAGUGUCUGCCUCUAAGGUCUACACCGCUGCUACUGCUGCUGCUUCUAACUCUUAUGCAGUUUACACCACCGCCGCCGCUACCAUCACUGGUCAAAGUACUUUGAGCGAACAACUCACUUACGGUUCCGGAGAAGCUUCCACCACUUUGUCGAUCCAACAAGCCUCUUCUGGUUCUGGUCUUUUGAAGAGUAAGAACUCCGUCAACAAUGUUUUCAAGUUGGCUGCUGGUAUGAUGGUGGGCUUAUUCGGUGUUGCUGCUAUUCUCUAA